UAAACGUUCAAGUUAUUUACACAUCUCAUGUCAGCAUUUGUCAUCAGCAUGAUCAGUUUGUUUAUAUUGCUUCACAAGAUUCUUUCUCUCAUAAAGGGAUUCCAUUUUGAACUAAAAGUCAAGCCCCACGACAAACGAUAUAUCGCUGACUACUAGCCCCAAGCUCACAAGAUGAGUACAGAAAAGAAAACAGCCAAGAAACUUCACCUGGAGUCAGCAGACUUGUUGUGUAAAAAUGGCUGUGGUUUCUAUGGUAACCCCGCAUGGCAGGGCUUUUGUUCCAAGUGCUACCGAGAGGUGUACCAGCCAGCGAAGCAGGCACAGAUACAACAUGACGCCAUGCGGGAGGCAUCCAAACGAACGGGGGACACUCCUCCACCAUCCUUCUCCAAGUUUGCGGAGAAGAAAACGCAGCAGGUCAACAAGCGCAGCCACACAAUGAAGUCCAUCUUCAAGCGCACACCAGUGAAAGACACAUCCACGGACCAGCAUGGCCACACGCAGAAGGAGCCGCGGAGGUCCAGCAUUGAGAGUCAGAAGGUCGGGGGAGAGUUUGCGGAGUUUCUGAAGACGCUUCGUAAGCCUGCCGCACUUGACAUCUCAAAACAAGUCCGCAGCUUCAUCGAGCGCAUCCAGCAGAGCGGGGAGCAGCCGAUAGACGACCUGUCGGAGACAGUCCAAGACUUCUACCAGAGUCUCUCCGAUAGGCUCAACUCCCACACUGUGUUCAAAGGCUUGAAUCAGGAGGUGAUAGAGAAGAUCUUGGACUUCACGGAGCGCUACAUCCUGGUGCGCCUGUACCGCAUCGUGUUCUGCCCGCCCUCCACCACGGACGAGGAGAAGGAUCUGCUGCUACAGAAUCGGAUCCGGAGCCUUCACUGGAUCACUGCCCAGCAGCUGGACACUCUCAUUAAUGAACAUGAUCCACAGAUCAGACAGCUCAUAGAUCAAGCCAUUACCUUUGCUAUAGAGAUGGACUCGAAGCGUGCAACUCAGGACAAACUAGCCUGCGUGGUCAACUGUAGUAAGAAUAUCUUCGAGCUUCUCCGCGAGUCGAAGCAAGGUCCGGCAAGCGCUGACGAGUUUCUUCCUGCCCUCAUCUACAUCGUGCUGAAGGCCAACCCUCCCCGUCUCCAGUCCAACAUUCAGUACAUCACACGCUUCGCAAACCCCAGUCGACUCAUGAGUGGAGAGGCCGGGUACUACUUUACCAACCUGUGUUGUGCAGUUGCUUUUAUCGAGAGCCUGAAUGCCGACUCCCUGAGCAUCUCCCAGUCCGAGUUUGAUCGCUACAUGUCCGGUGAGGCAGUGCCCCCGUCGGCGGGGAAUGAGUAUAUGUGCGAGGGUCUGCGUAUGAGCAAGGACAACCUGCGGGGGCUCGGGGAACUGCGACAGCGGCAGGAAAAGGUGGCAGCAGAGGCGUUGCAGCUUCAGCAAGAAAUGAUGGAGUUCAAAGAAAACUUUAUGAAAGAAAUCCAGGACGUUCUUACACGAACCCCUUUGAAACUAAAACCAAGGAAGGUGAAGAUUGAUCUUGACGCAGAGAGUGAGGAACAAGGAACACUGAAUCUUCCAUCUCCGAUCAAGCCAUUUACAGCACCAGAACCACGGCAACUUGAAUUCACAGAAAACAUGGAUGCUACGGCAUCUGAUGUUGCCAUGACGAUAGGUGGUGAUACUACCAAACUUGAUCUCAUGGACGAGCCAAUCACAGAGUCUACAACUUAACAUUUAUGUAAGAAUUGUGUAUCGACAAAGAGAUUAUUUCAUUGGACGGAGAGAGAUAUUUAUUGGGUUUUCUUAAAUCCACGACACUGGUGCAAUGACUCGAACAGUCUUCAUUGUGGUUAGUGAGAGGAGACGUCGGAGUCAUUAUCAUGUAAAUAUCUUUCAGUUGGUGAAUUAUUUCAAAUGUACUGCUAAUUUGCGUGAGUGUGUUCAGUUUUACGCUGCUUUUUGCAAUAUUCCAGCUAUAUCACUGCGGAGGACACCAGAAAUGGGCUUCACACAUUCUACCCAUGUGGGGAAUCAAACCCUGGUCUUCGGCCUGACGAGCGAACGCUUUUAGGUAACGCCACCGCCCGCUCAUUGGUUAAGUAACAAUUUGCAUCUUAACAAAUCUUGUCAAAGAAAGUUGAAUAAUGGCUGUUUGGGGGAUUUGUGAAAACAGGUGUUCAAAUCGGCACGUCUGUCUCUCUAUAAGCAUGAUAAGUAACUCUCUUGAUCCCGAUACAUCUCUACGCUAUUCCUAGUAAGACUGGCAUAGGGUAUCGGCACUGACCUGACCUUCCUUAACUUAUAUCACUGUCUGACAUGUGGAAAUAGAUUAUCUUAUGAAUUAUGUCUUGAAAAAUAACCAUGGAAUGUCUCAGAUUAUCUCAUGAGUGAUCUGGGGGCUAUCUGAUGGAAUAAAGUGGAACCUUGGUAAUCCAGACCCUGUUAAUAUGGAAACCCAUUCAGUGGGUACACCUUCAUGAAGAUCCAGGUUAGAAUUGAUCUUCAGCAACCCAUGCUUGUCGUAAGAGGCGACUAACAGCAUCGGCUGGUCAGGCUCGCUGACUUGGUUGAUGCAUGUUAUCAUACCCCAAUGGUAUAGAUCGAUGCUCAGGGUGUCAGUCACUGGAUUAUCUGGUCCAGACUUGAUUAUUUGUAAUGCAGACUGAGGUCAUAAAGCUGGAAUAUUGCUUCAUGCUGCAUUAAACAACAAACUAACAGAGUGGAUACUCUAAUGUCCAGAUUAGCAAGGUUUCACUGUGUAACAUGGAAUAUGUCUAGGAAAAUCUCAUGCAUUAUCUGAUGUAUUACCUCAUGUGUUAUGUAUGUCAAGGAAGAUAUGACCGAUUAUCCCAUAGAUCUUAAUCAUGUCAGUAUUUUUUUAAAUAUGUCAAUCGCGGACAAGAACAGUGCUGCUACAGCACCAUGGCUAUACUGGUGACCACAACCAAGACUCUGUCUGCGAGGGCGGGCGGAGGCAAGAUUUCUAGUUGUUACUGUUCAUCAGUCCUGGUUAUUUGUCACGUUUACAAUGUUAUGUCAGUUUCAGGGGGGUUCAAAUAGAGUGCAUUGAACAACAUGAACAAAGAUGUUUUAUCGAUCAACAUCAGUAUGUGCCAUUUAGAGAAAAAACUACGAGUUACAAGGAAUUACUGAUUAUUUGUACUGUGUGAAUUAAUUUUGUAAGUUCUGAGCUUUGGCGAAGAACUUUCAAAAUAAAUCAAUGAGGGAUAAAUAAUCCGUAAUUAUGAGUUGUUAUAUUACCCAAAGUCUUUUUCUUGUUGUUAAGAAAAUAUAGAAAUAUGUGGGUUUGCUAAUCACAAUUUGAGACACUAGAUUUGUUUCUCUCUUUUUGGAUGAUCUCACAAAAAUUUGUUUGUGACAUCAUGGUGACAACAUCUUUAAUUAUUAGUGACAAUGUGUUCAUAUGACGUCACAUUUCUAUGGCUUCACAAACAGUGAAAACAAUGGAACAAUUUGAGUGAACUAGUGCGAAUCUGCUUGAAGCAAGAAAUUGUUAUGGUCAGAGAGAAUUACUGAAAGUAAUUGCACCUAUAUCCGUGCUGCUAUGGGUAAUAUAGAUCCUUGCAUCAUUCCGCACAUUCAGUUACCAUGACAACUCAGGAGACCAUAUCAUGAUACAGAAGUUUCUUUGUCAUCCACUUCAAACCUACCAUGACUGUGCAAUUCAAAUGUAUGUGAAUACAAGAAAGUUUGCAUUUAAUAUUUGUACAUCAAUUGAUCACCUACACUCUGAACAUGAAGCACUCAACAUCCUGCGUUGGAACAAUGAGCACUGUUAACAGUUUUAGAUAUGUCACUCAUAUAUACUAGGCCUGACCAAGUUUAUGUUACAGAUUAUCACCCCAACUCCUGAACUUGCUGAAGGCAUGAGAUUAUUUUUUCUGGUUUAAAUAAUCAAUUUAAUUUGUUAAUGCAUUGUGCCCAGUACCAAUUCCUGUUUUUCAAAAUCUCUCUUUUAGCUGCAGGUGAAAUCUUUGUGAACGAGAGAGAAAAGCAGUUUGAUGUCAAUGUUGCCAUGGUUACUCGAUAUGAUUACGAGACAUGAUUAUUAUUUGAUUAUUUCUUUGGAAAUGUCCAAAAUAUCACAGACUGUACAAGAAGUGAAUGAAUUGGCCUGAGAUAGAUUUGCUGUGGUUGGGUUUCAUGUCAUUCUCGUUGAUGACUGAAUAUGAAUCUUUACAUAUGCCCCCGGAUUUCAUUUACCACAUCAUGUAUCAGAUUAAGGUCAUACGAUCAAUCGCAGUGUGUACAGAGUGUGACAGAGCAUAUCGUUACAGCCCUUGUUGACGUGAAUUUUGCAACGCUGAGAUUAUGACAGUGGGCUUUCAGUGCUAUGUUGUUCUGCCUGUGGCUGCUACACUUCCAUGUCAGUGGUACCGAGAGUCCGAGUGUAUUGUAUUAAAGACGUGUAUAUAUCUGAAGUAGUGUGACUUAGGGGGGUCAGUCUUGGUCCUGUGUCAUCAGCAGGACCAGGGCUGUCCCUACCAUGAAGCAAGUAGAUGUAGCAGCUUUGUAGAAGUGAGUGGGGGGGGACACCAAGAGUGGUUAGCUUGUGUGGGGAUUCAAACCCAGACAAUGUGUCUCAAGGGAAGACACAGUAACCAGUAGGCCACUUUGGGUAAGUCAGUGAUUGCUCCAUUUUGACGGAGAGGAGUUUGUAACACAGACUGGUUAACUUGUGUCGGGAUUCAAACCUAGACAAUAUGUGUCAUGGGAAGAUACACUAACCAGUAAACCACUUUUUGUAAGUCAGUGAUUGCUUCAGUUUGAUGGAAAGGAGUCUGUUACCACAAACCUGGCCACUUUGUUACCUAGUCUUUGAUAGGCAUUUAGAAGUAGGAAGAACAUGAAGACGUGAAACUUUUUAUGGAUAACAAUUUUUUUUAUUGUUUGUAACAACAUUUAGGGGUCACUUUUUUCUUUUUAUCAGUAAAUUAACAACUUCUUUACAUGGAUAUUUUAUAGCUACUUCUUGUCUUCCAUCAGAAGAAUUCAGGUAAUCAGUAGCAAGAAGCAGGUACAAUAAGAAGGCAUGAAAUGCCCUUACAAGCGAUAAAGGAGUCACCUGAUGAAGGAGUAAGUAUAUACUCUGAAACAGUGUGUUCCUCAUAAUAAAGAUUUGUUUGUUUGUUUGUUUGUUUGUUUGUUUAACACUGCAUUCAGCAAUAUUCAAGCUAUAUGACGGCAGUCUGUAAAUAAUUAAGUCUGGACCAGACAAUCCUGUUAUUGACAACAUGAGCAUCGAUCCACGCAAUUGGGAUAUGAUGACAUAAGAGGUUGAUAUCAAUAAAGAAGUUGUUAUAAUAUCUGAAGAAGAGACAAGAAAUGGACCUGAAACGUCGUUACAAAUGUUAACCAUAAGAGGUUCAUAUGUUUUUUUUCCAACUUCCCAGCUGAGUUUCCUGAAGUUGACCAUUUUGUUUUCAUUGUUGGCGAGUAUAAAUUCAUUUCUAGGAUCAGCAUCCUCCCGAGGCAAGUGAGUUAACUGACUAGAAAAGUCCAGUUUUCACCCUUGACGAACUAGACUGGUAUUAUGGCGUUAGAUUUUGCCUGGAUUAACGAGUCUAUGAAUAGUCCUAUCAAAAUUGCGUAACGAAAUCGAAAUCCGGUUCGUAAACUGUAAACUGCAAAUUUCGGUCGAUUGCAGGAUAUGCAAAACAUGUGCACCGCCAAUCUUUUCAUGUUUUUAAUCAAGCUGCUCACGUUAUUUGAUGCUCUUCGCGAUGUAAGACCCGUUUUAUAGAUCUUGAUUGUCGAUCAGAUUGUCUUGUUAGGUCGUUGCCAUUUUGUUUGAAGCAAAUGCAAGUGAUACGAAUCUGAUAGGUCCAUAGGAGAAGCAUGGAAGGGACAUAACUCGUAAUAGCCAUUGGUGACGCUUCGAUCGGGCCCAGGAAUUCCAACCUAGUUCGGCACAAUCUGAUUAAAAUCAGAUCUUAGUUCUCGCUAUGCUUGACCAAGAUAUGAUUUUAAUGAGAUUGAGUUUGGCAAGGGUGGAAACUGGACUUUUUAAAGUCAGUUAACUCUCUUGCCUCUUGAAGAUGAGGAUCAGGGACUUGUCUUGUCAUACAUGCCAUGUUGAUUGUACCCAUCUACUUUUAGAAUUGACUUUCUCUUUGUUGUGCAAGUUGUUGGAGAAGUCCCAAACUGUAAGAUGGUCGGAGCUUGUGACACUUUCAGUUUCGGUGAAUGUCAGUUUCAUGGUCACGUGACUGACCUCUCAUCCACUGAGGAAGGUGUAAAUGCUGUAUAUUUCACAUUUAUAGUUUAUUUUCCACUGGUUGUUACUGUAUAGGGGUUGAAUCCAUUGUAUAUGUAUGUGGAACCAUCAAGUCUUCAAUUGUUUAUUUAUCUUGAUUGUAGACAUUGCCAUGACAAUGCUGAUGUUUUAUGUAUAGAUACCUUUGAUACCAGCCUUGCAGUCUAUCUGUACGGUAUGUCAAUUGCCAAAUAAAUACUACACAAGA